AUGGCUCGCAUUGCGAGCUCUGUGGAUACGAUCGCCAAUUUUUCAAUUGUACUUUCAAGUUUGUUUAUAUGUUUAUCCUCAUUGCGAAUUUGGUUUUUACGUAGAGCACCACCGGCCGUCAUCUCCGGGUUCCAAGGGUGGGCCAAGACGGUGUUUUCAAUUCUUCUUGCCCUGUCGAGUUUGGGGCGUCUUGCUACUGUAGAGAAUUCUACGAUUAAUGGGGGCGAUUUGCAUGUCGCUUCUCAGGCUCUAGAAUUUGUCGCCGCUCUAAACCUUUGCGCCUUAUCAUGGAUUGAGCAUCAUCGAAGUUUCUACCCGUCACACCUGAUUAUCCUAUAUCUCAUUGCAUCCCUCAUUCGAGAUGGUGCUGAGAUACCGUGGUCAUUUUUGGGGUCACACGAUCGGCUCGUGGAUGACCCGGUCUUGGCACGAGUAGUCCUUGAAGUGGCUUUACUUGCUACCGAGAGCCUUCAAAAGACGUAUAUCGAGGGGUCACUCUAUGAAGGUGUAUCGCUCGAGGAGAGGUCUAGUGUUCUAGACAGAGUGUUUUUCUGGUGGAUCAAUCCGGUCCUGCUCGAAGGAUACCGUAAUGUCCUUUUAAACAGUGAUCUGCCUUCAAUUGAUUCGAAACUCUUGUCGAAACCUGUCCGAGUUGCAGCCUUACGUGCUUGGGAUCAAAGAGCAAGGCCCGAGACCAGCAUGACGCUUCCAAAAGUUUUACUAGCCUGUCUCAAGAAACCAUUUUCGCUUGCGAUACCUGCACGGCUCUUUCUUACAUUCUUCCGGUAUUCGCAACCAAUAAUUAUACGUCAGGCUAUCGUAUAUGUCACUGGUACUGCAUUGAGAGAUCAGACAUGGACUGGACAUGGCCUUGUUAUAACGGCUAUUGUUAUCUAUGUCGGGUUAGCUAUCUCGACUACGAUUUACCGACACUCUCUUAACAGAUUAAGAACAAUGAUCCGAGCUUCUCUCAUAGCAUUGAUCCAUGAUAAGACGAUGAAUUCGUAUGCAGACACAUUAAGCGAAGGGAAGGUCUUGACGCUGGCUAGCACCGACGUAGACGCUCUCGACACGAUCGGCGAGAUGUUCCACGAAACUUGGGGGCAGGUUCUCGAGGUCGUCAUUGGUAUCGUAAUGUUGACUUGGGAAGUCGGUUGGCUGGCUCCUGUGCCUCUUUUCAUCAUUUUCCUAUGUUCUCGCAUGAGCCAAUACGUUGCGAAAAAUCUACGAUCGAGAAUGGGUAGCUGGAAUGAUGCGACCCAAGCUCGGAUAUCCAUGACGAGCGCUACAGUCGGAGCUAUUAAAAACAUCAAAAUGCUCGGCUUACAGGACGCCAUCUCCGCUCGUAUUGAGCAGCUUCGCCAGAAUGAACUUCACACGGCUAGUGGAGUCCGUUGGAUGAUGGUAGCUUAUAACGCCUCGGCGAAUGCGAAUGGGAUGUUCGCUCCAGUCAUCACACUUGUGCUCUAUGCCAUACUGGCGAAGCUGAAGGACGGUGGAUUGGACACCGAGACGGCUUUCACGACGAUCGCGAUUCUGAGUAUGGUCACGCAUCCGGCAAACAUGGUGAUGACCAUCAUCCCUCGGGUUAUCGCUUCAUUCUCUAGUUUUGAGAGAAUCCAAAGCUUUCUUCUUCAACCAUCACGCCGAGAUUAUAGAGCCGAGCUUGCUAGAUCGAAAGCGACUUCCGAAUCCGAAACUGGUAACGGCGACGUUGAUAAUUCGCAUCGAGCUAUCCAUAUAGAAAACCUCUCUGUCGGCGAAACACGUCAUUCCCUGGACGAGAUGAAUUUGAAUGUCCGGCAAGGCUCAUUUGUCAUUUGUUCAGGCGCGACAGCGACUGGCAAGACGAUUUUUGCGCGUUCUAUCUUAAGUGAAAUUUCUUCGGUCGGAAUGGUGGCGGUAUCCUCCAAGCGUAUUGGAUAUUGUUCUCAAAUACCUUGGUUACCAAAUGAUAGCAUUAAACAGGUUAUUGUGGGUUUUAAUAAUGAUUCCGACGUUACCGGCCAAGAGUGGUAUGCGACUGUUGUCAACGCCUGCUGUCUUACCCAGGACAUCGACGCGCUUCCAAGCGGGGAUGAGACACUCGUUGGAAGUAAAGGGAUUAACCUUUCUGGAGGCCAGCGACAGAGACUAGCUCUUGCGCGUGCGGUGUUCGCUCGAACAGAUAUACUUAUUUUGGACGACCCGUUCAGCGCCCUUGACGGCAGAACAGAGAAGCAUAUCGUUAAGAACCUAUUUGGGGCCGAAGGUCUUCUUAAGAGACUUGGAACUACCGUAUUUCUUAUUAGCAACUCUACCGAAUACUUUCACCUAUCAGACGAAAUAAUUGUUCUGGAACAUGGGCAUAUUAAAGAGCGGGGAAGAUGGGACGAGUUAACCUCUCGAGAUCCUGAAGUGUCGAAAAUAAUACUCAGCGAGGAUGGUGCCCGCGAGAGCAAAGCCGCUGUGCCUGAUACCGCUAACCCGUUAUUCGGGCAGGGUAGAAAUGGCGAUAUACUUGCCGACUCGAAGCGGAAGACGGGGGAUUCCGCCCUUUACAAUUAUUAUAUAAAUGCAGCUGGGGUUGUGAAUUUUGCGUUCUUGCUUAUUUGCAAUGCGUCCUGCUCCUUUUUCGUCACUUUUCCUCAGUACUGGCUGAAAAUGUGGACCGAUUCAAAAUCAAACGAUGAAUGGAUAUAUAUUGGCGGGUAUAUCGCCUUGGCUCUUAUCUCGUGGUUUUCUACGAACGGAAUAAUGUGGUCAACCGUGAUUCGAGUUGCCCCCCAUUCGGGGUUUGCAUUACACUCUAAGCUGCUAAAAACCAUUACUUGUGCACCCUUACUGUAUUUCUCUCGAACCGAUAACGGGUCUAUCCUCAACCGAUUCAGCCAAGACCUCGUGCUUGUAGACAGAAAACUCCCGUCUGCAGUGGCGUCAAUGGGGACCCAAGUCUUCAAGCUUCUAACCCAGCUUAUUUUGCUAUUCGUGGCCCAGAAAUUUCUCACCGUCACCUUACCCAUAUGUUUUGCGAUCGUAUAUAUCGUCCAGAAAAUAUACCUUCGAACAUCGCGACAACUGCGACUCCUAGAAUUGGAAUCGAAGUCCGCAGUUUUGAUUGACUUUUUGGAAACGGUGGAUGGAUUGACUACAAUCCGUGCGUUCGCGGGACAACUUAAAGCAGAAGCAGAACAUCUUCGCUCCCUCGAUGAAUCGCAGAAGCCUUUCUAUCUCCUUCUAUGCCUUCAAUGUUGGCUUAGGAUCGUUCUAGACUUACUUGUAGUAGGAAUAGCUGUUGGUGUAAUUGCUCUUGCCGUCGCUCUUAGGAACACGACCACGGGUGGACAAGUCGGUGUCGCACUGAAUAUUGUGUUGAUCGCCAACACCACAUUACUCCGGUUAGUUGAAUCGUGGACCGACUUGGAAAUAUCUCUUGGGGCUGUCUCCAGGAUUAAGAGCCUCGAAGAAGAGGUACAUGGUGAAGAUUUACCGUCCGAAGUCAAUGCCACUCCCGAGGCUUGGCCUUCUUCUGGCUCGAUCGAAUUUUGGGAUGUUACGGCAUCGUAUAACAUCGAAAAUACAGCCCUUGAAAAUAUAUCUUUGCGAAUUGAACCGGGACAGAAAGUUGUCAUUUGCGGUCGAACUGGAAGUGGCAAGAGCUCAUUACUACUCACACUUCUUAGGCUACUAGAUAUAAAAUCGGGUUCAAUCAUAGUAGACGACAUAAAUAUUGGUCUGGUGCCUCGUUCAAUAGUGCGCGAACAUUGCUUCGUCACUGUGCCUCAGGAACCUCUACUUUUCAAUCAAGAGACUCUUCGAUUUAAUGUGGACCCGACGGAAACUCUCUCAAACGAUACUAUUAUUGAAAUUCUUUCCAAGGUUCAUCUAUGGCACCAUUUUAUCCACAUUAUAGAUCAAAAGGAGUUGCAUGAUGUUGAUAUUGGCACCCAUCCAAUUCUCGAUCGAACUCUAGUGUCGCUUCCCCCUCUCUCGGUGGGGCAAGGUCAACUUUUAGCACUCGCACGAGCGUUGCUUCAGGUGUAUGCCCUCAGCAACUUGGGAUCAAAGCCGAUCAUCCUACUUGACGAGGCAACCUCUUCCCUCGAUUCGCGAACCGAGGAGUUGAUUCUCGAUAUUGUCCAUAAAGAACUCACCGGAAAAGGACACACGGUGGUCAUGGUUGCCCAUAGAGUUGGUGCAGCGGUAUCGCAUUUAAGAAAAGGGUUAGAUAUCGUGAUUUGGAUGAAAGAUGGGAAGAUCGAGAAAGUAGGAGAAUUGAGUGAUGUGAUGGGUCAAACGGAGCAGGCGACGGCUAAUCGCAUUAGUGAAGAAGAAGAGACGAGCGAUGAACGAUGA